AUGUGCUCAUUUGAACACACAGGUCUUCCCCAUAAAGUUCAUGGCAAGCGAAAGCGAGGGGAAUCCCGUUUGAAAACCAAGCCUGAUCAAACAGCUAUUCCGGAAGAAGUGAACAUGAAAAAAGUGAACUACCGGUCAAAUCUAACUGGACUGGUCAAACUGUUAAAGGAUACCAAAUUUACAAGUGGCCAAUUGAAGUGCCUUAGGAAAACACCAUUCUGGCCAUUAUUUGAUAGGUUGAUCAGUAACGGAAUCGACCUCAACCACUGCAUGAAAUAUGAUGAUGUGAUUGUACGUAUAGUACAAACAUUCAAGCAAUCUAGUGGAAGGUUUUACAUUGGGGAUAAGAACAUCCAGAUUUUUAGAAGCGACGUAUCACUGAUUUUUGGGGUGGACUGCGGCACCAAGUCGAUGGACCUCUCUUAUGGUGCAAAACCAACAACCGGCAUCAUACACCGAAUGUGCAAGGAUGUUAGCCGGUUAAGUGCUGCCAAAAUACGAGAAAUUCUGAGGGAAGCAUUGAAGGGCACAAAAAAACAUGACGAUGAGGAGGUCGCAAGAUUAGUUUGCAUGUAUGCAUGCGUCAAGCUAUUCUUUUCUACAUCCGGAGAAACAAUUGGAUGGGUUUUCUACUCAUACAUGGACCCAUUACACAAGAUGAUCGAGUAUGAUUGGGCUGAGAGCAUCCGGGCAACCUUGAUGGGUUCAUUGGGCCAAAACUGUGGAAAACCAGGACGAGUCACCGGAUGUGUGAUGUUGUUAAUGAAUUGGCUGUGUGAGCAUACAACAAUCUUACAACCCCGCAACCCCAAUGCCAUUCCACGAUGCGUAAAAUGGGACCUCACAGCCUUACAUAGCAACAUGAAGUCCAUAACUCUGGCUAAGCUAGGUUUAAAUGAGGUAUAUGGCGGCGAGCUAAUGGCAUCACCAACUGAAACGAAGAUGCAUCGUCAUACAAAAUUGAAUGUGGAGCCAAAACCUGAGAUUUUGUCAAGUGCAGUAGCAAAGAAAGAUGAAAGCAAUGAGGAUCAAAGCAAAGACAGUCAACACAGUGAUGACAGCGAUGGGUAA